AUGGCUUUCGGCACUCUCUUCACCUCCGCCGACAACUCCCGCUCCAUCGCCAUCAAGGCGGUUGCCAAGGCCAAUAAUCUCGACCUCAAGAUAUCCGAGGUCGAGUUUGGCAAGCCUACUGCUGAGCAUCUGAAGGCUAACGGCCUUGGCAAGAUUCCCACCUUCGUUGGCGAGGACGGCUUCACUCUGUCCGAGUGCAUCGCUGUCGCCAUCUAUGUCACUUCCCAGAACGAAAAGACGACUCUUCUCGGCAAGACCAAGCAGGACUACGCUUCCAUUUUGAGGUGGAUGUCCUUCUUCAACACGGAGAUCCUCAACCCCCUCGCCGCCUGGUUCCUACCUCUGGUCGGCCGCCUGCCGUACAACAAGAAGAACGUCGAUGACGGCGCCCAGGCCACCGAGAAGGCCAUCAAUGUUGUUGAGGAGCACCUGCUUCACAACACCUUCCUUGCCGGCGAGCGCAUCACCCUUGCUGACAUCUUCUGCGCCCCUUUCCUGAACCGGGGUUUCCAGUACUUCUUCGACAAGCAGUGGCGCCAGCAGCACCCCAACGUCACCCGUUGGUACGACACCGUCGUCAACCAGCCCAUCUACACUGGUGUUGCUCAGAAGCCCGAGUAUCUCGAGAAACCCGCUCUGACCAACGUCGCCCCCAAGAAGCCCGAGGCUCCCAAGAAGCCUGAAGCCGCCAAGGAGGCCGCCAAGCCCUCUGCUGCUGCUCCCGCUGAGGAGGAGGAGGCCGCCGCGCCCAAGCCUAAGCAUCCUCUUGACUUGCUGCCUCGCGCCACCUUCCCUCUGGACGAGUACAAGCGUCAGUUCUCCAACAGCGAGACUCCCGAGGCACUCAAGUACUUCUGGGAGAAUGUUCCUUUCGAGGAGUUCUCCAUCUGGCGCGUAGACUACAAGUACAACGACGAGCUCACCCUGACUUUCAUGUCCAACAAUCUCAUUGGCGGCUUCUUUGCCCGCCUGGAGGGCUCACGAAAGUUCAUCUUUGGCAGCGCUUCCGUCUAUGGCGAGAGCAACGCCUCUGUCAUCCAGGGAGCUUUUGUCAUCCGGGGUCAGGAGCACGAGCCCGCUUUUGAUGUCGCCCCCGACUGGGAGAGCUACAAGUUUACCAAGCUCGACCCCAACAAUGCUGACGACCGAGCCUUUGUUGAGAACAUGUGGUCUUGGGAAAAGCCGGUUGUAGUCAAUGGCAAGGAGUAUACUCACGCUUGCGGCAAGGUCUUCAAAUAA